UGGGCCUGUUAUUGGAGAGUCGAGCUAACGUUGACAUUUGAAAUCCUGAGGCGGGGGGCGGCAGCCUGGCUCUGAGAGCGGCUGGGGGUGAAUAGCGGAGGAACCCGGGCAGCGGAGCGCACGGGCAGGCCUGAGGCCUGCGACUUGCCGGCAGAAUGAGUCUGCAGAUUUUAAAUGGCGAAAACAUUGGUGAUGAUCUAACGGCAGAAAGCCGUUCCUUCCUUUUCCCAUCACCAGAAUCCACAGGGAGACCAUCUAUCCUUCGUCCAUCACAGAAAGAAAAUCUGCCACCAAAAAAUGUAGCAAAAGCUACGAAGGUAACUUUUCAAACUCCUAUGAGGGAUCCGCAGACUCACAGAAUCCUGAGUCCUAGUACGGCAAACAAACUGGAGACUGCUUUCACGUUAAAUGAUUGUACAGAAGCUCUAGGACACCUUCAUCUGCCUGGAUCCAGCAAUGCUGCAAAUCAACAAACAACCGAAUUUGAGACUAAACCUAGCAGAGAAGAUAUGCAAAUGGAGAAGGCCGUUGUUCCUUAUCCAGAUGAUGAGAUGCCAGUGAAAAGCUGUGGUACAUACAGCAUUGAUUUUGAUAACUUAAACAACAUGGAUCCGUUUCAGAGUUCUUCUCAAAUGCAGAAUUCUCCCAAGAGCCUAAAAAACUCUUCUCUAUUAAUAGCUAGCAACCCUGAAAUGGCUUCUGAAAAAAAUAAUAGAAAUUCUCUCUCUUUGAAUGAUACACUUCCUUUUACUUCCCCACCAACAGUUACAGUCUCAGAGACAGCAAAUCUAAAUGAAGACAAUCUUGUAGGCCUCUCAAAAGAGACCAUUUCCAUAGAUGUAUUGGUGUCAGAAAAUGAACCCAAACCAAUUCCUAAUGAUACUGAACAGGAUAUAAUGCCUACUUCUGGACAAGUGAGCAAAACUAAUUCUCCUCAGGGAUCAACACAAACAGAGAUUUCUACACCUUCUGUACAAGGAUCUUACAACUUUGAUUCUAACAACUCUGAUGUAACACAUCCUAUCAAAACUGGGGGAUCAAAACUACAGAAUUCUCCAUUAGCAGAAAUAACUUCAACAAAAGAGUCAAAACUUGUAGAAGAGGCUGUCUUCUCCAAGCUCGAAUCUGUAAAACUAGAAUUUGACUUUACUGAUGAAACAGCUAGUAAAAAGCCACCUCCUAGGAAACUUGGAAAAAGACCGGGAAUCAAGCCCCCUUCCAAAAAAGCUGCUGUAGUUCAAGGGAAGACAUUGGAGAACUCUGAGGCAAAAAGCAAGAGUAAAACAGAAAAUGAAAUUCCUGUUUCCAAAGGCUCUUAUAGCUUUGACUGGGACAAAUUUGAUGAUCCAAACUUUAAUCCAUUUGGAGGAGGUUCCAAAGUUUCUAGUUCACCUAAAUGCCCUAAACCCAACACUGAAAAAGCUAAUCCGCAAGAAGAGCAGGAUAUUACCUUACCAAAAGGGGAACCUCUUCCAACAGAACAGAUUAACAGAAUUGUUGUAGAUGCAAUUGAAGAAAUAGUGCCUGAAAUUCAUUGCUUCUCUGAACAAAAACCGAGUGAAGGUGAAGACAAAUCUGUGGCUCAAGUAGAAAUGAAAGAGGACUCUUCAAGAGAACUAACUAUGGAGGAAAAAACAAGCUCAGCUAUCUCGCCAGUUGAUGCCUACAAUCAAGAUAACUUGCCUUUAAUUGGCAAUGGAACAUCUUUGGCUGACCAAGAACAUGAAGGCAAUUGCGAGAAAACUGAAAUGGCAGUUAAUAUAAAUGAUCCAACAGCAGUCACUAAAUGUGAUGAGUACUUCAGACCCUCAACAGAAGUUCUAGGAAUGGGCAUAGAAAUAGAUUUCCUGGAACAAUUUGGUAAAUCUUCAUUUAAAGAGUCUGCUUUGAGGAAACAAUCCUUGUAUUUGAAGUUUGACCCUCUGUUGAGAGACAGCCCCAAAAAGCUGGCUCCUGGUACUACUGAAACAAUAAGCACAUGUGUAAUUAAUGCACCAUUUCAAAGUGGUCCUCUUUCUGACUUAGGUAUAGUAUCUUUGGAAACCCCAAAACCUGCAGUGAAAUCCCUUCAAAAUGAAGAAAAGCCUAAAGGACUGGAUCUUCUGGGAACUUUCUCAGCUCCAGAUACAGUUCCGUUGAUUCCAGAUAUCUCAACCAGUAAUGCUUCACCACUUUCUCCUUUUGCUGUGCCACUCAACGGUGCAGUUGAUGCCAUUAUAGAAGUGCUGAAAUACAGCCAAAAAGAUAUGGAUGCAGCUAUUGAAACAGUUAAACUAGAGGUUCAACAAAAGCAGAUGGAAGUUCUGGAAUGGAAAAAGAAAUAUGAGCGACUUUAUAUGGAGUACCAAGAAAUGGGAAAAAUUGUUGCAGAGUUUGAAGGAACAAUAACCCAAAUGAUGGAAGAUGCACAGAACCAGAAGGAGCUUUCAAAAAAGGAAAACCAGAAGAUUCUGGAGGAGAAACAGCAAGUUCUGUCAGAUUUGAACUCCAUGGAAAAAUCUUUCUCUGAACUCUUCAAACGAUUUGAAAAACAGAAAGAGGCUUUAGAAGGCUAUCGCAAGAAUGAAGAGGCUCUGAAGAAAUGUGCUGAGGAUUAUCUUGCAAGGAUUAAGAAGGAAGAGCAGCGAUAUCAAGCAUUGAAGGCACAUGCUGAAGAAAAACUGCAUCAAGCAAAUGAAGAGAUUGCCCAGGUACGGGGUAAAGCCAAGGCCGAGACUGUAGCACUGCAAGCUACUUUGCGUAAAGAACAAAUGAAGGUACAGUCUCUGGAAAGAAGCCUUGAACAAAAGGCAAAAGAAAAUGAUGAACUAACAAAAAUCUGUGACGACUUGAUUUUAAAGAUGGAAAAAAUCUAAUAGUUGGACUGGACUACUUUGUACAUAUGUUCCCUUAGUUCAUUCUAUCCUUUUUUUCUUUGUUUGUUUAGUAACUUCUUAAUUAUGUAUUUGGAAAGUAAUAAAUAGACUUUACUUGCACUUGUUCCUUCACAAAA